AUGGAGAUAACGAGCCACAUGACCGGUUGGAAAGCCAUCCUGGCGUUUCAUUCGUGUGGAUGGUUUGGCAAGGAUCUGCAUCGGAUUGAUGGAUAUAUACAGGAUGAUAAGAAGAAGAAGCAGAGGGCCUUUUGUGGGAACUGGUUAGACUCCUUCUACAGUUUCAACAUCAGCCAGUGGGACGAGUACUUGAAGCAGUACAAGAAUCAUCAAAGUAAAAAUACAUCCAUGCUGCAGAAUACGGUAGCAGGGGACUCGGACACUUCGUCCCCCUCAUCAUCGACUGCCAGCUUCCACAAAACACAGAGUGAUCCUUCCAUGAACCUCGAUCUGGUGCCAGAGGACAAACCGAAGGUUAAAUUAGAGAAAUGUCGGUACAACCUUGACGGGUUGACCUUGCUGUGGAAGCCCUUCCCCAGGCCUCCUAAUCAUAGCAAGUACUACAGUUUCACCUACUUUGCAAUGCAACUGAACGAGAUGCCCGAGGACGUGAGCCACCUACCUCCCACUGAUUGCCGGUUCAGACCAGACAUGCAUGAAGCCUCUUUCGAGAAGAACAGAUUGGAAGAGAAGCAGAGGGCAGCUCGCAAGGAGAUGAAAAAGUUGAACAAGGAACCUGAGCCAGUGUGA